UGGUGUAUCUGUGGUGUAUCUUAUUUAUUCUUAAACCCGGAUGAAUUAUACUCGUUCUAUUUGUUAACUUUGUAGAUUUGCGUACGUUAUUUCUUAUAUUUCAAGAACCUGGAUGCUUGUUAAGGUUUGCUUUCAAUUGAAGACUUUGAAAGAACAAACUUCUCAAACACUCUCGGCUUCUGUACAUAUACUUCCACAUAUAUAACAAGUAAAUCUAGUUAUAUUCGAAGUGAUAAGAGUACACCUUGAAAGCAAAACUAAAUUGACUAGCACCUGAUAGUAAUAAGGACCGAGUUAUGGGGCUGAUGCAAUCAAAUGAUAAAGACUUCAGAUUUAUGGCCACCAAUGAUUUAAUGACAGAAUUACAAAAAGAUAGUAUUAAACUAGAUGAUGAUUCUGAGCGAAAAGUUGUCAGAAUGUUAUUAAAACUUUUGGAAGAUAAGAAUGGUGAAGUUCAAAAUUUGGCUGUUAAAUGUUUGGGACCUUUGGUUAAUAAGGUUAAGGAAUAUCAAGUGGAUACAAUUGUGGAAGCUCUUUGUGCAAAUAUGGUAUCUGAUAAGGAACAAUUAAGAGAUAUAUCUAGUAUUGGGUUAAAGACUGUUAUUGCUGAAUUACCACAAACAUUAGGAGGUAUGUCUGGAGCAAUUUGUAAAAGAAUCACAGGAAGACUUACUACUGCGAUAGAACGGCAAGAAGAUGUGUCUGUUCAACUAGAAGCUCUAGACAUAAUAGCUGAUUUGCUUUUACGCUUUGGCCCAUUGCUACAAUCUUUUCAUCAGUCAAUUUUAACAGCCCUUCUUCCCCAGUUAGAAUCUCAGCGUCAAGCUGUGAGAAAGCGUACAAUCUGCGCAUUGAGUCACCUCGUUUUAUCUUGUAAUAAUGCAUUGUAUAAUAAACUUAUUGAUCAUUUAUAUGAAGGGUUAAAUGCCAAUAAGGCAAACUCCCAAACGCGUACAUAUGUACAAUGCGUAGCAUCUGUGUGUCGACAGUCUGGGCAUAAAUUUGGAGAACAUAUAGAGAAAUUUGUCCCAAUAAUUUUGGAAAGAUGUGACAUUGAUGAUGAAGAACUUAGAGAAUUCUGUUUACAAGCUUUUGAAAGUUUUAUUAACAGAUGUCCCAAGGAAAUUACACCCAAUAUACCAAAAAUAACAGAACUUUGUUUAAAAUAUAUGACUUAUGAUCCUAACUAUAAUUACGAUGAAGACGAAGGCAAUGGUGACAAUGAGGAAGAAGACGAGGAAGAUGAUGAAGAAAAUGAUGAGUACAGUGAUGACGAUGACAUGAGCUGGAAAGUUCGUAGAUCGGCAGCAAAAUGUUUGGAAGCCAUAAUCACUACUAGGCAUGAACUAUUGCCCGAGUUUUACAAAGUUCUUUCACCCGCAUUGAUAGCAAGAUUUAAGGAAAGGGAAGAAAACGUAAAAUCGGAUAUUUUUCAUGCCUAUGUAGCUUUGCUGAAACAGACCAAGUCAACCGUUAUCGUAAAUAAUAUGGACCCAAAUACCAUGGCAAUGGACGAGGAUGAGGAGACCCCGGUGACUUUAUUGCAGUUACAGAUUGCAUUGCUCGUUAAGGGGAUCCAGCCCCAAAUGAAGGAAAAAAGUACAAAAACCAGGCAAGAUUGUUUCUGCUUGCUUAAAGAAUUGUGUGCGGUACUUCCUGGAGCACUGGCCACCUAUAUAGGCGAUCUGAUACCAGGAAUAUUGUAUUCGCUUAGCGAAAAGAAUGCCAGUAGCAAUAUGAAAAUAGACUCCUUGUCCUUUAUUUAUUGCCUUUUAACUACCCACCCACCAACGGUAUUUCAUCCCCAUAUAGCAACCCUGUUGCAUCCAGUCAUAGUCGCGGUGGGGGAUAGCUUUUACAAAAUCACCGCAGAGGCAUUAAACGUUUUGCAAGAGUUAGUUAAAGUUAUUAGGCCCAUGCAGAUUCACACGGGAUUUGACUUUACCCCUUUCACAAGAGAUAUUUAUAGUUGUACUUUGGUCCGAUUGAAAGCCUCCGAUAUUGAUCAGGAGGUGAAGGAAAAGGCGAUUUCGACAAUGGGCCAAGUGAUUUGCAAUUUGGGAGAUCAACUCAAAAGCGAACUGCCAUAUUGUCUACCGUUAUUUUUGGAUCGACUUCGUAACGAAAUCACUAGGCUAACUACCGUAAAAGCUUUAAAAAAGAUUGCGGGUUCACCUUUAAGUAUCGACUUACCCAUUUUACCAGAGGCGAUGCCCAUACUGGGACUGUUCCUUAGGAAGAAUCAGAGAGCCCUCAAAUUGAGCACUUUGCAGCUCAUCGAUUGUCUAAUUCAAAAUUAUCACAAGAAACUUAAUGUGCAUCUCCUUCAGCACAUCAUAGUGGAAAUACCUCCACUAUUAGACGAAAGCGAUUUGCAUAUUGCACAGUGGACGUUAAUCAUAUUGAAAUCCAUCGCCACUCAACACCCUAAGGCACUGCAGGAUAUCAAUAAUACAAUUAUUCCUCAAAUCCUCGUCCUUGUUAAGUCGCCUUUGCUCCAGGGCACCGCGUUGCAAUCGAUGCUGGAUUUCUUUAAGUCUCUGGUGAAGUGCAAUCUCCCCGGUCUUUCGUAUGACUCCUUGCUGAGACUUCUGUUGAUGCCCGUGUCAAACUUAUCAGUCAGCCAAGGUCCAACAUUACACAAACAGGCCUUUUACUCUCUCGCUAAGUGUGUGGCUGCUAUAACCGUCACUUGUCAUGCUCACGCUCUCCCAGUGGUACCUCAAUUUAUCAACGAGAUACAAAAUGCUACUUCCGAUUCCCAACAGAUAUUUGCUUUGCUGGUAGUUGGAGAAAUCGGUCGAGAAAUCAACUUAACGUCAGUUCCGAAUCUGAAACAAGUGAUCCUCAAUUCGUUUUCUGCCGUAUCGGAAGAGGUAAAAUCUGCUGCAAGUUAUGCGCUGGGCAGUAUAUGCAUUGGAAAUUUGCAACAAUAUUUGCCGUUUAUUUUAAAAGCGAGUCAGGAACAACCGAGGAAACAAUAUUUACUUCUCCAUUCAGUGAAAGAAGUGAUCACUUGCUUGUCCCAGAGCAAAGAGGGGGUACAGCAAUUGUUACCCUUUGUUCCUGACAUAUGGCCCCCUCUAUAUGGUCAUUGCGAAUGUCAGGAGGAAGGGACGAGAAAUGUAGUGGCCGAGUGCCUUGGGAAACUCACUUUGAUUGAUCCAGCCAACUUAUUGCCCAAGUUAAAAAGAUCUUUAAACUCACCUUCGCCUUUAAUGAGAACGACAGUGGUUACCGCUGUCAAGUUUACCAUUUCCGAUCAGCCCGCGUUAAUCGAUCCUCUAUUGAGACAAUGUAUAGGGGAAUUCCUAAACACCUUGCAGGAUCCCGAUCUAAACGUGAGAAGAGUGGCCUUGGUUGCAUUUAAUUCGGCCGCCCACAAUAAACCUUCUCUUAUUCGGGACUUGUUAGACACUAUUUUGCCUCAACUGUACAAUGAGACCAAUAUUAAGAGGGAAUUAAUUCGAGAGGUUGAAAUGGGACCUUUCAAACAUACGGUGGACGACGGUUUGGAUAUUAGGAAGGCCGCGUUCGAGUGUAUGUACACUCUUUUAGAUUCGUGCCUCGAUAAAAUCGAUAUAUUCAAUUUUAUAAAUCACGUGGAGUCCGGUUUAAAAGAUCAUUAUGACAUUAAAAUGUUGACCUAUUUGAUGGUGGCAAGAUUGGCUCAGAUUUGUCCCGGCUUUGUAUUGCAAAGAUUGGACAGGUUAAUCGAGCCACUAAGGACUACUCUGACAUUAAAAGUGAAGGCGAAUUCAGUGAAGCAGGAAUACGAGAAACAAGAUGAACUCAAACGAUCUGCUAUGAGAGCAGUUGCGGCCUUAUUAAACAUUCCGGAUGCAGAUAAAAAUCCCCACCUGAACGAGUUCGUCAAUCAAAUAAAAAAUUCGUCCGAUCUGCAGCCGAUUUUCGACUCGAUCCAGAAAGAUUCUUCGACGGUACACGGCGGUGAUAAUUUCAUGAUGGAUCAAAGUUGAAGUCGGAUUAAUAUAUUUCGAUAAUACGUUUUUAUUGAGGAUCGUAAUUUUUGUUUUUCUGCGCUUAUGAACUCAAUUUAUCUUUUGGUAUUAUUAUUAGUUGAAAUGUGUUGUAAAGUCUUUGAUCAAACUGUAACUUUAGGGAGUACGUUAGUAAUUGGUGAACAUUGUAAUAUUAUGGGUGUGUAAUUUUUUUCUGCCAAUUACUUUCUGCAUUAAAUAAAUUUAAAAAUACGGUA